UACUGGCCUCCCACAGCGAUCAGUGAAAGCGCCAUGCUUAUCUGAAACCGUAAGGUAAAGCAAGAUGAAAAGGCAUGUAAAUGGCAAAAAUGUGUGGUGGCUGUUAGACAUCCUGUUGACUACUAGAGGGUGAACGUGAUUUUCUUUUCCCCCUCAGCUAGUAUUCAUCUGCAUGAAGUUAGCUGCACAACUAGAGAGAGAGAGGGAGAGGGAGAGAGAGAGGGAGAGAAAAUGGGCAACAGUAAGAAUGUGAAACAUUUCUGCUCCUGCUCCAGCAACUGUUCACAUGGCGGUCAGCUCUGUGACAUCACAGCAAAUACUUUAUAAAUCUCUGCCGUACAGACGAAUGAGCAGUUAGCAAACAGCAAGCAGCACUGGUAGCUAGCUAGCACCACCUCCAUCAACACCAUCACACUUAGAGUUUAGACAGACACAGCAGUUCAUUCAAGCUACAGACGUUCCAAAUGGACAUUUCAAGAACACUCAGUGACAAUGUGCUAACCUUGAUAUUGCUGUUCUGUAUGGGUGUACUACAGGCAUGGUGCCAGCUGUGCCCUGGCUCAUGCCAGUGCCCCAGCUCAGAACCUGUGUGCCCAGCCGGAGUCCCACUGGUCCUGGACGGCUGCGGAUGUUGCCAGGUGUGUGCCCGCCAACAGGGGGAGUCCUGCAAUGACCUGUAUGUGUGCGACCACCAGAGGGCACUGCAGUGCGACGACAGCGCCAGCUUCCCCGGUGAGCCCGGAGAGUGUGUCGCUCAGGAAGACAUGGGCUGUAAGCUGAACGGGGUUUCCUACCUCGACGGCCAGGUGUUCCAGAUUUCCUGCGCCGCACAGUGUCGUUGUCACGGGGGAGGGGUGAGCUGCGUGCCCCUGUGCCCCGAGGAUGUCCGCCUGCCAAGCCCGGACUGCCCACACCCACAGCGGGUACAGCUGCCAGGAAAGUGCUGCAAGGAGUGGGUGUGCGAGAACAUGGACAAUACCGUAAUUCAGGAUGCCAUCACAGCCUCCAGGUCUGAAAGGUUAUGGCCGGACGGUUCUGGUUCCCAGCAGAAACCACACUCUAACUGUAUAGACCACAGUACAGAGUGGAGUGUCUGCUCCCAGACCUGCGGUGCUGGGGUCUCGACGCGGGUCUCCAACAGGAACCCGGCCUGCCGGCUGGAGAUGCAGAGCCGUCUUUGCAAGGUCCGGCCCUGUCAGGCAGUCCAGCCACGCAGGAACCCCGCGUGGGGCCGGCAAUGUGAGCCCAGCUACAGGUCCGCGGUGCCGGUGAGAAUGGUCCACCAGGGCUGCUUCAGCACACGGGCCUACCGGCCCCGGUACUGCGGACAGUGCACCGACGACCGCUGCUGCGCCCCCCACUGGACCACCACGGCCGCUGUGGCCUUCCGGUGCCCCACGGGCCGGGUCCUGCUGCGGGCCGUCAUGAUGAUCCGGUCCUGUGUCUGUCACCGAAACUGCCCCUUCUCGGCUCCAGGCCUGAACGCUGCCGGGCCCCAUCUGGGCCCCUCGCGCAGGGCCAGGGGCUAGACGUCCAUUCAGACCCCAUCCUGCGUUGCUCCUCACCUCAGUUUUUAAGGCGGUGAAAGAACCUUCGGCUCUUGCCGGGAGAUCUCCACGUUUACUACUAUCAGUUAUUGUAGAGGUCUAUAGCCCCAUAUCACAUCCAUGCACUGAACCCCCCCCCCCCCCCCGGCUCAAUUCAAUCAAACCUGCGCCGCAGUAUUUACGUAGUUGAUUGUACUAAGGAGUACUUGCCUCAUAAACGUGUCUCUUGUGUACUGUAUAACAACCUACAACUAAUAUCAGACUGUCUCUCCACCUCACAGACAUGCUGUCAAUUUUAAGAGGAGCUUGUUUGCGGGCACAGAAGUGAUAGUGUGAGGAUACUGCGUAAACAUUGCCAUGGCGUGUUUGAAUGAAUUCCAGCUUAAGACCUGAUUACCUAGGACCCCAAUGUCUACUACUUAAUGUCCCAAAGUAAACUACUUAGAAUAUGUGUCAAACAAUUCCAUUGGUUACUUCUAAAAGGUGUACUAGUGUGAAUAUCAGAACAGAGUCUAUCUCACAGCUGAUUUGAGCAGGUGUAGCCUAUACUUCAUUAGGUCGAUGGGGGAUGGGAAAUUAUCUUCCGGGUGUUUAACUGUGACUGAGUCGGGGGGAAUAAAGCCUUGACAUGACUGGAUAAGCACUGUCUGCACUAAGAACUCCAUUCCACUUCAUCGCUUCUCAUUGGGUGAUCUCAUGAGGAAGGGAGUUUGUCAGGAGACCUUACGUUCGUUACAGGUACUGCAGCUAUCCUGGUCACGGAUCUGUUGUUUUCUGCUAGAUCAUCAUUGUCAGGCUAAACAUUCACCAUGACAAUUUCAGUAGAAUUCUGUGACACACAAUGCAUUUAUUUUUGACUAAUUGACAGACAUCUCUAUGUGACACCUGACUAGAGUCUUCUGUUGCUUUCUUGACCCCUUCUGUGGCCCCAGAGUUUUUGAGGACCAGGUGACCAACUCAGUUCAUUAGUUUAAUGUUAUUACUUACUGUAUAUGUGUUUCAAAGAAUGACACCAACCUUUGAGUUGAUAGAUACUGUAUCUUGUCAAGCCAAUAGCAUUUGCUAUAUCUGUUUGUUGUUCGUAAAUGUGAAAAGUUUUGUGUUCUUAAAUGAAAUUGCACUUGUUUUUUUGUAUGUUGCUGUAAAUGUUAACUAUUUUUAUGCUUGUUAAGACGUUGUACUGAACAAGUGUCCAGCAGUUUUUCGCAUUUAUUCACUCUUUUACAGUCACUAUACAGUCAGCUUUUUAAUGUAAAGCUUGAGUUUACUUGUAUAUUAUAUUAUUCUUACAUUAUUUUGCUACAUUGAGGUCUUUUUAGAAUCUGUGUGGUAACUUUCCUAUAAAACUUGUAACUUAUAUAGUUUUGAUACAAUUUGUGUCUUGAUAUUUUAGAGUUUUCAAGAUUCGUCAUGCAAUGACUUCCCUCCCCACAGUCAUUCAGUGUGUACAACAUGACAUCUAGUGGCUUCUACUGGACUCAAGUAGUUACAUAACAUUGUAAAGGGGUAACAUUACAGUAUUACAACACAGAAUAAAGGUAGACAAGGUAAGAUAAACAUCAUAUUGUAGAGCAGCCAAUUAUUCCAAACAAGUCUAUAGCCUACAAUUCCAACUUAUUAAGCCAACUGCCAAAUUCAUUUUAGGUAUCAUUUUAGCGGCGUGAGUAUGUCUUUUAUAAUUUAUCCUGGGGUCGCAGGCAGCAUUAGCCACAUAUUCUAUUUCUCUACUUCGGAUAAGUGGAAUCUUUCUAGAAGCGUUCCUCCAGAGAGUAAAACAGAGUCCGGAGAGUCUCUGCACAGUCACCCAAGUCCAUGGAAGGACAUGUGUUGGACUUUCAAGAACAUUCACAAAAGUGGGAAAGAGAAGGGAGGGCGUUUACCAGUCACCCACAUCCACAAACAGACACAGAUAGUUUUCCAGGUUGAUUAGAGUAGGCAGAACAUCUACCAUUGAGAACACUGAGGGCCUGUAUUGGCAGGCUGGCUAGUUAACGUUUGUAAUUUGCACCAAAUUUGCAUUGGUGGAAUCAACCUUCCUUAUGGUUUAAUUUCCUUGCUGUUUAAUUUGUUUAAAAAUGCUACU